AUGUGUUUUUCUUGCUUAGAUGAAGUCAAAUCAUUUUAUGAAGAGUAUGCUUCGAGAAAGGGUUUUGGGUGGAAGAUUAGAUCUUCAAGAAAAUGGCAAGAUGGGGAGCUAUGCUACUUAAUUUUAUCAUGCUCAAUAGAGGGGUCUAAAGUGUCAAAAAAUUUGUGUACGUUAAAAACACUUCCAACUAAGGUAAAUAGUUGUCCUGUCAAGAUUGUUAUUAAGUUGGAUAAAGAUGGAUUGUGGUACAUUACAAAAUUUGAACCUAAUCAUACUCACAAGACAAGUCCUACAAAGGCAAGGUUGUUCAAAGCUAACAAAAAGAUGAAUUUGCAUGUGAAGAGAACAAUACAAAUCAAUGAUUAUGUAGGAGUGAGGAUGAACAAGACAUUUCAACCACUUGUUAAAGAUGCAGGAGGGCAUGAAAACGUACCAUUUUGUGAAAGAGAUGUGAGGAAUUAUGUUAACAAGGAACGACGUGCAAUAGGAAAAGAAGGUGAUGGAAAAGCCUUGAUAAGCUAUUUCUACCAAAUGAGGGAACAAAAUUCAGAUUUCUUCUAUGACAUAGAUUUGGAUGAUGAUUUUUACAUAAGGAAUGUGUUUUGGACUGAUGCAAGAAGUAGAGCUGCUUAUGAAUACUUUGGAUAUGUUGUGACUUUUGACACAACAUAUUUGACUAAUAAGUAUGACAUGCCUUUUGUUGUGUUUGUUGGUGUGAAUCACCAUGGUCAAUCAACAUUACUUGGAUGUGGACUGUUGUCAGGAAAGGUCCCUUUGGAUAUUAUGACUAACCAAUGCAAGGCUAUAAAAAAUGCCAUUGAGUUAGUCUUUCCUACAACUCGUCGUAGGUGGUGUUUAUGGCAUAUAAUGAAAAAAAUUCCUGAAAAGCUCUAUCAACAUAAUGAAUAUAAAAAGAUUAAGUUUGCAUUGAAAGAAGCGGUUUAUGACACAUUCACAAAAGAGACAUUUGAAGAAAAAUGGUGUUUUUUCAUCAAAAAAUUUGAGCUUCAACAAAAUGAUUGGUUGAAUGGAUUGUAUAACGAACGUCAUAGAUGA